UCUAAAGUAACACAAUCACUGCGUUCGAAACUGUCUUUUUUAUGUGAUAAUUGUUUUUAUUUUAUUUUUGUUAAAUUUUAUGGAUUCGGAACUUUAAAAACCUGUUUAUUUCGAACCAGAUUUGUUAACCAAGUUUUUCUGAUGAAUAGCUAAUACUGGAUUUCUAUUCUUGAAUACGCUCGAAGAUGACUGCAGAAUCGAUGCUUCAAAUACAGAUAAGUUCAGAGUUUCGAGAAAUUACAACCACAGUUUAUUUAGACACAAACUCGCAGAUGUUAAGACAAUUAAAACAAUUAAAAACAUAACAUAGUUCAAACUUACCGCGGCCGCACUCCUCCGCUUCCCUUUCCAUCGUUAGUCGAGUGGAGGGGGAGCGCGUAUCAGGUAUAUAUACCGCAACAUGCCGCCACCCAUUCAGUUUAUCCUCUGCUUGCACGAUAAAAUAUUCCAAGAUGUACAAAAUUUUACCUUUCCUCGCCGACGUUGAAUUUGCUUUGCCGAAUUUACCCGUAGAGCUUUGGGCCAUCAUCUUGAGGUGUUUGGACCCUCCUUCACUUCUAACUGCUGUCAGCUCCAACGACCUGUGGAAACACAUCGCCCAGGGAGAUCCUGUUUUGAGGAAGACCAUCAAGGACCAGAGGAUGUUGGACAAACGAAGACGCCGAGAGGAGAUGCUUAAUCCAGGGCUCUUGAUAUCUUUAACCACAAGUGGACCCGGAGGAGUGUUUGGACCCAACACUACCAAAAUUGUUCGAAGACAGAUUCCAGCACGAGAACCAGUUACCACCGUGGAAAAAAGGACACUCCGUCGAAACGAAGACGCUGGACCUCUUCGCAAAAAAAUAAUGCAAGAAUUGAAAAUAAUGAGAUGUUAA